GACAUUGACGAGUGUUUGACCUCGCCGUGCGAAUCAAACUUUACUUCAUGCUCCAACACUUUUGGCUCAUAUGAAUGUGUUUGCGAGGAUGGCUUUGAAAAAAAUUCAAACGAUCUCUGCCAAGACUUGAAUGAGUGUAAGUUUGCUACUUGCGAUUGGACAACUUCAUAUUGCACGAACACUGUGGGCUCGUACGAAUGUACCUGCUUUCCAGGAUUUCAAAAAUUUAACACUUCUUGCGAUGGUAAAUAA